AUAAAUGAAUGAAACGGUAAAACCUUUGGGAAAUUCACAUUAUAGAAACUCGUUUAAAUCUCGUUACCGCUGCAAUCUGUAUGACGAUUGUUUGAAUCAGUUUUAAGUUGCGGAUCCGCACAAUGCUCGCUGCAAUCUAACAUUCUACCAUGUUUGGAAGGAGAUCAAUGUUAGCGCAGGAAGAGAUUUCCAGAAAGAUGAAGAUGAAACAAAGGAACCAAUUGGAAAAUGACCAAAGGACAACAUUCAUGCUUCAAGGUGGAAUCCAAGGAUAAAAGGAACAAAGAAGAAGGAUUUACACCCCAUCAAGACAUUCAAGAAGAUUAAUUCAUACAAGGAUGAAGAGCUCUACAUCAACCUUGGAUUUUUUUUGGAAAUCCAAAAUCAAAAGAUUCCAUACCAAGGAGCGAUAAGUUUAAGACACAAUGAGAAUGAAGAAGAUGUUUUAAUCAUCUUGAAUUUCCUUCGGAUCAAAAGAUAUUGCCUAAGGCAUCAACACUUCUUCGUGAUGAGGAAUGAAAUCUGCAAGGUAAGCUGAGGUGGCAUCCUAGUCAUCAAUCGGCCAAUCCAAGGGUUCCAAGUCAAACAUGUCCAGACAAGUUAAAUUGAAGCUUGAAUCUUGGUCUCAGCGAUAGAACAAGUUGUGUAUUGUGCAAUAUUGUACUCAUGGAAUCUUCAAAGAAAAAUGAUUCACAAAAUGUGAUCGUGUUGAACAAAUCAUUGAAAUUGGCUGAAGGAUGGGUGAAGCAAAUGAAUGUAGGCGAAGACAGUGCAAAAGAUGCGGAAGAAGUGGAAAUUCAGAUUAGGCCUCAAAGGUUGGGUUUAGGAGCAAAGUUUGUUCCUCACUCUAAGUUCGCAAACACCUUGAACCCUGUUGAGAAGAAGCUACGUGCAAAACUAAAUGCUGCCAAACGACAGUCUGCUCUAAGCACUGAAGAGUUAUGCUCUGCUGACAAAGACAGCAAAGCACAUGAGCUAAAGCAUAGCAAUGUAGAUGAUUAUGAUGAUGACGAUGGUGAUUCAGAGAGCAGAGCAAGUACGUUUAACAAGCAUCGAGAAAAAUAUUCAGCUGACUCACUGCAAAGUUUAGUUACAUAUAGGAAAAAAGCAAAAAAGCAGAAGCAAUUCAGAUAGAGGCGGACUUCCUCUGGACAUGUUUUUGGCCUGAAUCUAUGCAGAUAUCCUAUUGGAUGAGUUUAAAAGCUUGUGACAAUCAGAAGUCAGUAUAUCCCUUCUUGUGAUAUGUUGGCACCAGUUCAUUAACAGAGGACACCUCAAGAACAAGGAAUAUUAAUUGUGGAGGAGGAUAAACAAAGCAUCAUUUAUUUUAGACAAAUAAAAACACCAGUGACAGUUUCAUCAGAUUCUGAAUCUCUAGGCUCGACUUUUAGUCCAGUGCACUUGUGUGGUUUGCUUUUUGGAAGUUGCAAUUAUUUUCAUAUCACUUCUGGCCUGGAUGUGCAUAUGUUGUAAAUGGAUCUGAUGAUGGUAAACAUGGUUGUGAUAAUAAAUUGUAUUUUGAUCUAUCUUCAAAAGGUGAGGAUUAUUCU